CUAAGAGUGCAGUUUUCAAGACAUUUGGAGGGAAAGUUCUUGGGAGUAAUGCCCCCACAUUGUCUUAAUUAAACUAAGAAAAGAAAGCCACAGCACCCCACAAAAAGGAAGCAUCUGAAUUCGACUUUUUUGAAUCUUCUCUUAGUGGUUGAUCUAAAACCAAACAAAUAAAAUUUUGCAGUAAGUAAUGCACCAGAGACUCCAUUUGCCUCCUCUUUCUACACCAAAGAGAGAGAGAGAGAGAGAGAGAGAGAGAGAGAGAGAGUGAAGAAUCCAGCUUUACAAAAAGGGGUAUCUUGCAGCUUCUUCUCAAGCUUAUGCCAGCUGAAACAUCAUCAUCAAGAAGAUGAGUUGGGCUCGUCUCAGGUUGGGCUCAUUCGGGUCUCCAAUGGCGCUCAAAGUUGGAAUCUUUACUGCACUGCUCUUUCUCACAGGUGGAGUGACUUCGCAGGGCCAAAUGCCCCCAGCCACGCCCACUGCUGGCAUGGUUUGCAUCAGUGACUGUGCCACUUGCCCUGUCAUUUGCUCAUCCCCUCCUCCGCUCUCAAUGCCUUCCUAUCAGCCUCCAUUGCCGCCGCUUCCGACGCUGUCCUCGCCGCCGCCGCCGGCUCAUGCCCACCACCAUCAUCCGCCGCCCGAGACUUACCAUUUCUCCUCGCCGCCGCCGCCGCCGCCAUCGCUGGAGCCUCUGACGCCGACCCCUCCCGCCCCGGCUCUGCCAACACAGCUGCCGCCGCCCGAGGUGCCGUCGCUGUACCCUUCGUGGGGCGCUCCGCCGCCUCCUUUUAAGUACUCCAACAAUGCACCUUCCGGUCUUGGGACUCCAGGAAUGGGAAUGGGAGGGCAUGAUUACUCCUAUCCUUACUACUAUUUCUCUGCCUCAGGGGCUGCUUCUUUAGCUGGUCAUUGUCACUUAUUUAUGUUGCUGUUGUUGUUUCCAUGUUGUAUGAUCCUAGGAUAUGGUUGAGAGGGCAUAGCCAGAGCGCAAGAAUUUGUUCUCUAAGUAUGGUGCUUGUAAGUUCUGGAUGCUAGCUGUUCAUAAAAGUUUCUCUGUAGUUCUUGUUCCAAGCU